GUGUGCGUGUGUGUGUUUGUGUAGGGCAUUCAUCAAUGGGUGUACUGGCUUCUUCACAGGGAGACGGGAACAUUAGAUACUAUGAGAUAAGCACUGAGAAGCCCUACCUCCAUUAUCUCAUGGAGUUCCGGUCACCGGCGCCACAGAAAGGCCUUGGUGUGAUGCCAAAACAUGGGCUGGACGUGGGGGCCUGUGAAGUCUUCCGAUUCUACAAGCUGGUGACACUGAAGGGUCUCAUCGAGCCUAUUUCAAUGAUCGUCCCGAGGAGGUCGGAGACAUACCAAGAAGAUAUCUACCCCAUGACGGCAGGGACAGAACCCGCCCUCACAGCUGACGAGUGGCUCAGCGGGAUCGACCGAGAUCCAGUGCUCAUGUCCCUGAAGGAGGGAUACCGGAGACCCAGCCAGCUGGUUUUCAAGGCUCCCGUGAAGGAGAAGAAGAGCGUGGUGGUCAACGGCAUCGACCUGCUGGAGAAUGUGCCACCCAGGACAGAGAACGAGCUCCUGCGGAUGUUCUUCAGGCAGCAGGACGAGCUGCGGCGCCUCAAGGACGAGCUCAUGCAGAAGGACGUUAAAAUCCGCCAGCUGGAGCUCGAGCUCAACAAUCUGAGGAACAGCCCCUGCAACAAGUGACCCCUGACCCCCGUCCAUCUCUCCAGCCCACCCUCGUCCUCCUCACCGCCCCCCCGGCAUCGCCGAAGCUGAAUGCGCGCACCUCCACUCCAGCACCCCCUCGCUCAGCGCAGGCACGGCCGAAUGCUCGUCCUAAACAAGCAAGGCUUUGAAAGACUCCCUGUCCUCUGGCCCAGCUCCUGGCUCCCCGCCAGCCAGAAGAGCCUAAACUGAAUGGGUGGGUCUCCCUUUGUGGAGGCUGCCUUUAGUUUGACUGGGUGAGCAAGAGAAUGUCGGUUUUCAGUGUGGUAAUUAAACACAGCAAACUCCUCUCCCCUUUUCUCGUGAAUGUACAGGACAGACUGCAAAAGCUACCAAUGGCUCCGACUUUCUAAGUGCUCAGGCUAAGGCCCGAAACAGCCCAAUGGGCUUAGAGUCUGAUAACAUCCAUUUGUCUUUUUUUUAUUAUUUAUUCAAUUGUAUUUUUAAUCACUCUUCCUACUAUCUCCUGUUUACCACACAGUGUAGUGUUAUUAACCACUUUGACAGGAUCACAGAAGAGGCAUUUGUCGUAACAAAAUAAUAUUUCUGUAUAAAAAGAUGGACUAGAGCUUGAUGGUAAUGGGCUGUCAGCACUAGCGGGUUCCUGCAGGCGUGCGAAUGCCGCGGCCGGUAAGCGAGGUGGCGGCAUGCGGGACACGGAUGUUCGGUGGAGUUGCAGGAAGAGCAGUGCUAUUGCGCAAUUCGAAUAACCUGAAGUUUCAGUUUGAAAUAAUAAUGAUUAAUGUGUAUAAAGGGAUAUAACUGUAACCGGUGUAAGUUGCUUUGGAUAAAACAUCUGCUAAACAGCAAUAAUAGUAAUAAUGAUACUUCCAACAUCAUAAAAACUGAAUUCUAUGA